AUGGAUAAUCAAAUAGAUAAUCAAAUAGAUAAUAAAAUAGAUAAUCAAAUAGAUAAUCAAAUAGAUAAUCAAAUAUAUAAUCAAAUAGAUAAUCAAAUAGAUAAUCAAAUAGAUAAUCAAAUAGAUAAUCAAAUAGAUAAUCAAAUAGAUAAUCAAAUAGAUAAUCAAAUAGAUAAUCAAAUAGAUAAUCAAAUAGAUAAUCAAAUAGAUAAUCAAAUAGAUAAUCAAAUAGAUAAUCAAAUAGAUAAUCAAAUAGAUAAUCAAAUAGAUAAUCAAAUAGAUAAUCAAAUAGAUAAUCAAAUAGAUAAUCAAAUAGAUAAUCAAAUAGAUAAUCAAAUAGAUAAUCAAAUAGAUAAUCAAAUAGAUAAUCAAAUAGAUAAUCAAAUAGAUAAUCAAAUAGAUAAUCAAAUAGAUAAUCAAAUAGAUAAUCAAAUAGAUAAUCAAAUAGAUAAUCAAAUAGAUAAUCAAAUAGAUAAUCAAAUAGAUAAUCAAAUAGAUAAUCAAAUAGAUAAUCAAAUAGAUAAUCAAAUAGAUAAUCAAAUAGAUAAUCAAAUAGAUAAUCAAAUAGAUAAUCAAAUAGAUAAUCAAAUAGAUAAUCAAAUAGAUAAUCAAAUAGAUAAUCAAAUAGAUAAUCAAAUAGAUAAUCAAAUAGAUAAUCAAAUAGAUAAUCAAAUAGAUAAUCAAAUAGAUAAUCAAAUAGAUAAUCAAAUAGAUAAUCAAAUAGAUAAUCAAAUAGAUAAUCAAAUAGAUAAUCAAAUAGAUAAUCAAAUAGAUAAUCAAAUAGAUAAUCAAAUAGAUAAUCAAAUAGAUAAUCAAAUAGAUAAUCAAAUAGAUAAUCAAAUAGAUAAUCAAAUAGAUAAUCAAAUAGAUAAUCAAAUAGAUAAUCAAAUAGAUAAUCAAAUAGAUAAUCAAAUAGAUAAUCAAAUAGAUAAUCAAAUAGAUAAUCAAAUAGAUAAUCAAAUAGAUAAUCAAAUAGAUAAUCAAAUAGAUAAUCAAAUAGAUAAUCAAAUAGAUAAUCAAAUAGAUAAUCAAAUAGAUAAUCAAAUAGAUAAUCAAAUAGAUAAUCAAAUAGAUAAUCAAAUAGAUAAUCAAAUAGAUAAUCAAAUAGAUAAUCAAAUAGAUAAUCAAAUAGAUAAUCAAAUAGAUAAUCAAAUAGAUAAUCAAAUAGAUAAUCAAAUAGAUAAUCAAAUAGAUAAUCAAAUAGAUAAUCAAAUAGAUAAUCAAAUAGAUAAUCAAAUAGAUAAUCAAAUAGAUAAUCAAAUAGAUAAUCAAAUAGAUAAUCAAAUAGAUAAUCAAAUAGAUAAUCAAAUAGAUAAUCAAAUAGAUAAUCAAAUAGAUAAUCAAAUAGAUAAUCAAAUAGAUAAUCAAAUAGAUAAUCAAAUAGAUAAUCAAAUAGAUAAUCAAAUAGAUAAUCAAAUAGAUAAUCAAAUAGAUAAUCAAAUAGAUAAUCAAAUAGAUAAUCAAAUAGAUAAUCAAAUAGAUAAUCAAAUAGAUAAUCAAAUAGAUAAUCAAAUAGAUAAUCAAAUAGAUAAUCAAAUAGAUAAUCAAAUAGAUAAUCAAAUAGAUAAUCAAAUAGAUAAUCAAAUAGAUAAUCAAAUAGAUAAUCAAAUAGAUAAUCAAAUAGAUAAUCAAAUAGAUAAUCAAAUAGAUAAUCAAAUAGAUAAUCAAAUAGAUAAUCAAAUAGAUAAUCAAAUAGAUAAUCAAAUAGAUAAUCAAAUAGAUAAUCAAAUAGAUAAUCAAAUAGAUAAUCAAAUAGAUAAUCAAAUAGAUAAUCAAAUAGAUAAUCAAAUAGAUAAUCAAAUAGAUAAUCAAAUAGAUAAUCAAAUAGAUAAUCAAAUAGAUAAUCAAAUAGAUAAUCAAAUAGAUAAUCAAAUAGAUAAUCAAAUAGAUAAUCAAAUAGAUAAUCAAAUAGAUAAUCAAAUAGAUAAUCAAAUAGAUAAUCAAAUAGAUAAUCAAAUAGAUAAUCAAAUAGAUAAUCAAAUAGAUAAUCAAAUAGAUAAUCAAAUAGAUAAUCAAAUAGAUAAUCAAAUAGAUAAUCAAAUAGAUAAUCAAAUAGAUAAUCAAAUAGAUAAUCAAAUAGAUAAUCAAAUAGAUAAUCAAAUAGAUAAUCAAAUAGAUAAUCAAAUAGAUAAUCAAAUAGAUAAUCAAAUAGAUAAUCAAAUAGAUAAUCAAAUAGAUAAUCAAAUAGAUAAUCAAAUAGAUAAUCAAAUAGAUAAUCAAAUAGAUAAUCAAAUAGAUAAUCAAAUAGAUAAUCAAAUAAAUAAUCAAAUAGAUAAUUACAUAAUCAAAUAG